CACACACUCACACACACUCGCUGACUCGCUCACUCGCACUGGGACGCCGUGUCUGCAGCCCAGCCCAGCCCAGCAGCGCUCAGUCAGCCACUGCCCUCGCAGCACGAUGCUCUGCUGGGACCUGUGCACCACCCUGCUCUUCACAGCACUGCAGGUGAGGGCGUUCCCUUCCACCGACAUCAAGAUCACGCAAGCUCUGCCCCUGCAGCUGCCCGACCCCAGCCAGCCCAUCGCCUGCCCACUCUUCUGGACAGAGUUCGGAGGCCACUGUUACCGGUUCUUCCCUCUCAACCGCUCGUGGGCAGAGGCUGACCUGUACUGCGCGGAGUUCUCCAACGGGCACAAGUCCGCCAAGCUCACCUCCAUACACAGCUGGGAGGAGAACGUCUUUGUCUACGACCUGGUCAACAGUCGGAUCCCUGGGAUUCCAACGGAUAUCUGGAUUGGUCUCCACGACCGCAGGCAGGAGGGCACCCUGGAGUGGACCGACGGCACGCCCUACGAGUACAGCUACUGGGACGGGAACCAGCCCGACGACGGGAUUCACAGAAUUCCUCUGGACGAGGACUGCGUGGAGAUCUGGUACCGGCAGAACAGCGCCCUGAGAUCCUGGAAUGACAACAGCUGCGAUAAGGCUUUUCCCUUCGUCUGCAAACUCCCCACGCUGGACAGCUAGUCCCGGGGACCCACCCACCUGCCAGCGCAGCGCCUCUCCACCUCCACCUGUGCCGGACCCCCGCCGUGACCCCUCCAUCGCCGACUCUGCAUCUGGGGGAUGACCCCCCCAGCUCCGGCAUCCUUGUGCUCCGCUGUGCGUGACAGACUGCUCUGACCAGGACAUUACACUUCCCAGAGCUCCCCUCCACCUGGACAUUGUUAGCAGCCCCAUGACCUAUCUCUCAGACCUCGUCAAGAAGCUACAGUACAUCAUUGUCAUUCCUACUACUGUCUUUAUCAUUGCUUCACAUUAGUCUUAGUCCUGAUUCUCUGCCUUCAGAGGUUUACAGUGCGUCGCAGGUUUGGUACAGGCACAAGCACGGCUCUCUCUUCCUCAUUCGUGCGCUCCCUGGUGCAGACCGGCCUCCGCGGCGCUGGAGAGUUAGGUCAAGAAGAUGUGUUUUGUGCAGAAAAAAACAAUAAAGGCUCGCUCGCUGGGAAAAAAGCACGGAGGCUGGCGCUGGAGUUCGGGAUGCACCUGUGAGUUCCCUGCCCUGUGCUAUAGGAACAGAGACGACAGGUCACCCGAGGAGCAGACAGCUCAGUGCUCCCUCACUGCUGUGGCUCAGUUGUUUUACCAACACAAGGGAGCUGCAAAUUAAAAUAUAGUUGAGCUCUCUUA